AUGUCUGACACAGGAACUAGUGUCACGCCCAGCAGCACCCCUCAAAACGGUGCCCAACAAACCGGAACCGCCACCCGUAGAGGCCUCUCACCCGCUUGUUCUGACAGUCCUGCCCGUCGCCAGCAUACGGGCAAUGGAGGAUUGCCACCGGGCUUUAACCUUUUUCAGCCCCUCGGUGGGGAGCCACCCGUCCCUGACCUACCCACCAACCCAAUAGUUUUGCCGCCCAACAAGCAAUACCUAGUCAAUAUUGGCGUCCCUGUCAUUCCGCAGGCCGAAGUCGCGGCCCUCAAGCUGAUGACUAAGACGGAGCGUGUCGUCAUUAUAAUGUCCUCAUUGCGGGUCCUUAUUGGAUGCGGUGGGGACGGGCCUGGCGCAGGUCGCACCGGCCCCAGACAAGGCGGAACAGAUCCCUCGGUUUGA